GUCUCGGUUAUUUUAGCUCUGCUCAUAGCAGAGGCGCUCCGUCUGUGUGAGAGAGAGAAGGAAGGGGACGGAGGCUGUCCGGCUCUGCGCUCUGCCUGAGGCACAACCACUAGCAAACCAUUAUGGCCACCCCUUUCUGGCUCAUCUCCUUCCUGCUGGCCAUGUUGGGGGCUCAGGAUGUCUGUUGCUCUGAAGAGGUCCAUAGCAGCCCCCCAGUACUGCAUCUAAAGCAGCAGAAGGAUGGGACAGGAAGGGUGAAGAGGGCUUGGGUGAUCCCUCCCAUCAGCGUGUCAGAGAACCAUAAGCGGCUCCCCCAUGUUUUGGUGCAGAUUAAAUCAGACAAGCAGCAGCCCGGAGGUGUGAUCUACAGCAUCAAGGGUCCAGGAGUGGAUGAAGAUCCCAAGGGUGUGUUCUCCAUCGAUAAACGCAACGGGAAAGUCUACCUCAACACUGUGCUGGACCGGGAAAAGAAUGACCGCUUUCGGCUCAGGGCCUUUGCACUAGACCUGAGUGGAGUUCCACUGGAGGAUCCCACAGACCUGGAGAUUCUGGUCAUGGACCAGAAUGACAACCGGCCCCUCUUCCGGCAGGCUGUGUUUGCUGGGCACGUGGUGGAAGAAGCUCCCCCAGGUACCUACGUGAUGACGGUAGAAGCCACAGACGCAGACGACCCUGAGACAGACAAUGCCGCAUUGAGAUAUUCCAUCCUGGGACCAGAGAUGGGAGACGUCUUCACAAUUGACGAGCUAUCAGGAGAAAUUCAAACAGCCCGAGCUGGGUUUGACCGGGAGGUCGUCGGCAUUUACAACCUGACGCUCCAAGUGGCAGAUAUGUCCGGAGAGGGUCUGGCCACCACCGCCACAGCCGUUAUCUACGUCGAUGACAUAAAUGAUAACCCGCCUGAGUUCACAGAGAAAGAGUUCUCCAUGGAGGCCCCUGAGAACAAGCAAGGUGUGGUUAUUGGGAGAGUGCUGGUCCAAGACAAGGACCUCCCUGGUUCUUCCAACUGGUUGGCUAAGUUCACUAUUCUGGAGGGGGACCCCAACGGGGCUUUCGCCAUCCACACCGACCCCCUCACCAACGAUGGCGUCAUCUCCCUGGUGAAGGCCCUCAACCACGAAGAACGGGACCGGUUUCAACUACUUGUCUCUGUCCAGAACCAAAGUCCCCUGGAGCUGUCUGCCCCAAAGGCUGCCAGGGCCUUGACCACAGUGCGGGUGCACGUGCUCGAUGCCAAUGAAGCCCCCUUCUUCCGGGAGAAUCCCUGGAGGGGAAGCGUGAAUGAAGGUGCACCCCCUGGCACAGAGAUAACCCUCUACCGUGCCAGUGACCCAGACACCCUGCAAGGGCAGCAACUCAGGUACUUCCAGGCCUCUGACCUGGCCAGCUGGCUGCAAGUGGACCCUGACUCCAGCCUGGUGCAGACACGACAGACGGUUCCCCCACGCUCAACAUUCCCAGGCGGCUGGUACACUUUGCAGAUCCUGGCCAGCGAUAAUGGAAACCCGUCCUUGACAGCUACGGGGACCCUGUCCAUUGAGGUGCUGGAAGUCAAUGACCAUGCUCCUCUUCUGCUUCCGGUGACUAGCGAGCUAUGCAGCCAGGGCGGACGCCUGGUGCUGAGCGCCACUGACGACGACCUGGCUCCCCACGCUGAGCCCUUCCACUUUCGCCUCAGCCCUGACAUGGCUCAGAAUUGGACUCUCGGACACAUCAAUGACACCCAUGCACUGCUGCAGACUGAAGGAGAAGUGGACGUAGGGCUCCACGUCCUGCCGCUGCUCAUCAGUGACUCGGGGACACCGCCACAGGUGCGAGAGCAGCUCCUGAAUGUCUCUGUGUGCGCCUGUGACAAGUGGGGCUCCUGCCAGGCUCACGUUGCUGCCGUGGUGGGUGCUGUGGCAGGCCUGAGUUUCGGGGCCUUGAUGAUCAUCCUGAGCUGCACCAUCCUGCUCUUGCUCCUGGCCUUGCUGGUGGCUGCGCUGGAGCAUUCCCGCCGUCAGGCCUUCCACAAGGGUCUCCUGGGGGGCUCUCAGGAUGACUUGAGGGACAACAUCGUCAACUACAACGAACAAGGCGGCGGAGAAGAGGACCAGGAUGCCUACGACCUCAACCAGCUGCGCAACCCCGACCUCUUCCCCCCACCAUCUCUUCGGAGCAAGCCGCCGCACCGGAGGGACGCCCCCUACAGCUACGGCCUGCCUCAGUACCCCCGGCGGCUGCCUGCCUGUCCUUCCGACAUAGAGGACUUCAUCAACGAGGGCCUUGAGGCGGCAGACAGCGACCCCAGUGUGCCUCCGUACGACACGGCUCUCAUCUACGACUACGAGGGCGAAGGCUCAGCCGGCGGCUCGCUCAGCUCCAUUCUCUCCAGCUUGGCCGACGAAGACCAGGAUUACGACUAUCUCAACGAAUGGGGCCCACGAUUCCGGCGCCUGGCAGAGCUGUACGGUCAAUAGCGGGGGUAGGGGGAAGAAGGGGGGCAGGAAGGGGAGAGAGGCCAUUCCAGCAGCCAAGUAUGUGCUGGACUCUGCCAGCUGUGGAAAGAGACCACGCAGCCCAGUUACCCUCUUGGUCUCUGGCUGGCCCCACUGCCAGCAACCCCCCCUCCUCUCAGCAGCUGCUGCUGCAGUAGUUAUGGGGGUCACUUCCUGUUAUGCCACCUAGUUUCCUCCGGCAGCCAUCUUGCAGAUGAUGACCACUGCCCACUGUGGGGAAGGAGGGGAUCAGCGACCCUUAAACUCAGGUGCUCCCGAAAGUCAGCACCGUGUCCUGGGAAGAGCCAGCCCAAAGCAGGGAGGGAAGGCAAUGCCAGUCCCAGAGUCCCAGGCAUAGAUAGGGAUGAGGGCCCUUUGCCCUCUGGCCCACUGGCCAUUCUCACCCAAGGCUCUGAGCACCCAGCAGGCAAGUGGGUGGAGCCAGAUGAUGACAACAACCUAGGUUGGGAAAAUUGGGUAGGGGGGAGAAGACCGUAGCAGGAGCCCCCGGAUGAAGGGACCUCCACUGGGCUAGAUGGGGGCUCUGGACCCUCCACACCCCUUCCUGAGCAGGCUAAGGCAGACGACUCAAGACACUUUGCUGGGCCCCGCUGCACCCCUUAAGAAAGAGAUCCAGGACGCUUUGGAGCUGUGAGGGGAGCAGCUGGAAAUAAAGCAGUUGAAGAUGGA